GUCGGCUGCGGAGCCUGUGUGUCCGACAGACCCGGAGUUGCACUGAAAGACACUGCGCCGAACAGUCCGGCUUACAUGAGCGUUGUUGCGGAAUUAGUCUGACAUGACAACACAGCUGAGCAAAAGAUCUGGAACCAAAUCUCUGAAAUAGGUCUCGGAUGUUAUCCUUCCCUCUGAGCCGUGGUCAACAUCCCAUCUAGCCAGGUUUGACGACGAGGCUGCACAACUUGGCUUGGGAGUACUGACAAUCUUGACGCCACACCUGUGAGAUCUGGAGAGAGGACAGAGAUUUUGUAUUCAGCUUGACUCAUCAUCUUGUUCCCACACCACCUAACUUGACAGACGGAGAAACCUCAUCCCUUGUCCACCUUCCACUGCUGCUAGCUAGCACCAGCAUGGCAGACAGUCGGCAGCCAGAAGACGGUGCCCCCCAAUGGGACCCAUCAGGGGGGCAGGAGCCCACCGGAGCCAAUGGCUUCUCUUCUUCUACCUUCAGGACCUGUCAGCCUGGUGCGACCCACACACCUUACCCCACCAGGGAGAACGGCUUCAAUGGGGAACUAACUGGUGCUCACGCUGUAACUGCAGAGCAAGUGUCAGCACGGAUCGUGCAGGAAGUGACAGCAGAGGCAGUGGCAGUAUUAAAGGGAGAGCAGGAGACUCAAAGGCUGCCGUCAGUUGAAGACACCACAAAUUUGCCUCCCUCUCCUCCCCCCUCGCCUGCGGCAGAACACUUUGGUCCUCUGGAACAAGAUGUAGGGGAUGAGGAGGAGGCGGGGCCUCUCCGCCGCUUCCAAAAUUCGCGGGAGAGGUGCAAGUUCCUCGCCCCCUCCAUCUCAGUUUCCGUGCCUGAGGACGACCCCUACCACUCCGACGAGGAGUACUAUGAUCACCCAUUGUUCAGCCCAGAGUGGACGCACUCGGGCUCACGCCCCACAGGGCAGGCCGUGGCCUUUAGACAGAUUGAAGAAGAGACCAUGGAAGCUCUUACAGCUGAAUACGAGGAGGUGGAAGAGGAGGAGGAUGAGGAGGAGGAGGAGGAGAGUGCAGAGGCAGCAGAGUCCGAGACAGCUCUUGAUGAGCAGCAGUGGAGCGGGGAAGAGCCCGAGCUGGACAGCCCCCAAGCUGAGCCCUUAGAGCAGGCAGAGUCCAUAAGUGAGGCCCAGGAUAUAGACCUGGAGCCGGCAGAAGCAGCUAUUGUUGCUGCAGAAAUCUCUAUGGAGGAGGAAGCAGAGGUUGAGGAGAGCCCUGACACAGCUUUGAAGAUGGACAAAGAGGGCAGCGAGAAGAGUGGUUCCAUGAGCCCAGACAGCAUCGGAUCAGAGAAACGUCCAGAUGAGUUAUUUGAGCCCCAGGUCCAAGGGUUCUUUGCCGGUGAACGAGUUGUACCAGAGAGCCCCACCAUGGAUAUGCCAUCCUUUGUACCUCCGAAUGUACAAAACCAAGCCAAAGAAUCUGCAAGAUCACUAACACUUCAGCCUACAUAUGGUGAGCCGAUCACAGUGUCAGAGAAACAGCCAUCAGUGGAGGUGGUAGAGUUCAGUAGCCUUGGUUCUCCCUCUGCUUUCUCUUUAGUGGGAGACAAAGUUCAAGGAGCAGACCAGACGAGAGACGAAAGAGACCGAUCUGGCAUGUCAGCUUAUUUUGAAACAUCAGCAAUGGAGGUUGAUGAGGCUCCACAGAGUAAGGGCGAGGGCUACUAUGAACUGAGCAGAGCUGGUGAGGAGAAAGGUGAUUCCAAGCCUCAUGAAAUCAGCUACCACACACUAGCUGAAGACCAGAAUAAACCAGAAACUAAAAGUACAGAAGACAGUAGAGUGUUUACUGUUCCUGAUAGGAGCAGUGAUUGCAGGCUUUCUCCUGGUAAACUGGCCUUGGAGCAGAGGAGUUACUCAUUGAAUAUCACCAUUGGAACAAUGGAUCAAGGUGGCCAAGGCAAACUUAGAAAUUUCUCCCCACUAGCCACGGAUAUCAUGUCCUACACUAGUGGAAGUCUCGAUGAGUCAGCAGACUACCUUCCAGUCACUACACCAUCAGUGGAAAAGCCUCCAUCCUUCCCCCCAUUGAUCUUGGAGACUGCUGCUUCCGUCACUUCAGAUUCAUCAUCUCCUCCAAGGACCACAGAACCCGUUUCAAAACCCAGCCCUGAACCAGGGUCACCAGAAUCACCGCAGCCCCUUCAAGGUGCCUAUAAAAAUGGCACUGUGAUGGCACAAGACUUGCCUGAAAUGCUUGACCUUGCUGGUACCCGUUCUAGACUAGCAUCAGAAAAUACUGAACCAGAUAUCUCACGAAGAAAGUCAAUUCAAGCUGAGGCUCUUGCUUUUACUGAUGACCCACUGGCUGGCUUUGUUUCUGGGGAACAUAGUCCUGGGACCAGAAAGAGUGAUAGCCAGCUGGAAGAGAUGGGCUACUGUGUCUUCAGCGAAUAUUCGGGGCCAAUGCCGUCACCUGCAGAUGUGUUCAGCCCUACAGACACUUCUUCACAAGUCUUCACCCAUUCUAUCCUGCAGGAGAAAGUGGCUGAGCAGGCAAGGAAAAUGGCAGUCAGAGACUCAUCUGUGGAGGACAAUGUUCAGCCAUCAGGCGACGCAAACAUCAGUGAAGAGAAAGGUCAGAUGCAAGUAGAGAGAAAAGAUUCUGCUGAUGAACAGGCCACAAAGGUUGAUGAUUAUCAGCUAAAUAAACCUGAAAGUGAGACCCUAGCUAUUCAGCUCAGUGAGGCUUUCAUAACUCCAACAGUUACAGUGACACUAGAAGAAGGUGGGAGAUCAAUGAGUGACAUUGAAAGGCAAGCCAGUGGUGAAGGCUCAGCAUCAGAAACUGAGAUUGCUGAUUAUGAGAGGCAAAUCCGCAAAUUGGAGAUGGAGGACAGGCCACUCAGUAUGGAGGAGGAGAGAGAACUCCGGGAGCUUCGGGAGAAGGUGAAGUUAGUCCACCAGGAGGCUUAUGAGGAAGUGGAUGCCGAAGAUGUGUAUCAGCUGACUGGUGUGGCUAAGGACAGAAUUGCAAGGCCUGUCAAAACAUCACCUGCUUCAUCUGUUGAGAGCAAUAUUGAUGAUGACAAGUUGCUCUCUCCAGUGCUCUCACCUUCCAAGCUUAAACAAAGAGAAGUGUAUGGUUCCCCGAAAAGAACACCUUCACCAGUGUUGGGAAUAAACAAAGAGGAAAAAGAGAAAGAGGUUUCAGAAAAAACUAAUAUCGAAGAAAAAGAAGCAGCAGAGAAGAAAAUAAAAGAAGAGGCAGAGAGGAAAAUUAGGGAAGAGGCCGAAAAGAAAAUGGAGGAGAAGGAAAAGAUAGAGAAGGAACUAAAAGAGAAGGAGGAGAAAGAAAAGAUAGAGAAGGAAGAAAGAGAGAAAGUGGCUGAGAUGCAGAAAGGGGUUGCGGGAAUGCCUGAGGGAGAAUCAAGACAACCAGAGGAAAAUGAAACCACUCAGUCCAUGGAGAAAGAGGCUGAAAAACUUGCGGAGGCUGAAACAGAGCAAGGGAAAGUUGAGACAGAAAUGUUAGAGAAAGCUGGAGCAGGGGCAGCUGUCGAAAAGGAGAUGCCAGAGACUCACGCUGCCAUCGAGUCUGUGGUUACAGUUGAAGAUGAUUUUAUUACUGUGGUUCAGACCAUCGAUGAAGCAGAAGAACCGGGACACAGCGUUCGUUUCUCUGCUCCACCUGAGGCACCGGCCACUUGUGUUGCUGGCCAGAAAGAAGUAGAAGAGGAGGAGGAGGAGGAGGAGUCUGUCGAGUUUGCCCAAGAAGCGGACAUAGAAGCUGCCAGUCUAGAAGAGAUUGGUGAUGUUCCUGAGACCCCUGCUUCCCCUGAGAAGGAGGGUCAUCCCGCGGAAACAGAAGGACCAACAGAAAGCUACGAUAGAGAUGAAACCACAAUGGACGACUCCAUCUUGGACAGCUCCUGGGUUGACACACAAGAUGAUGACAGGAGCAUGGCAACGGAGCAUAUUGAGCCAUUGCCCCAGAUGUCCAGCCCAGUCAAAAAGCCGGCUGUGGUCCAGGGCAAGCAGAGCCACCAGAAGAAGACAGAAAAAAUGGAAAAGACAGUCAAACAAAGGGCCAAGGGAGGGCGGCCAAAAGGCAGAAUCUCCACACCAGAACGCAAACCUGUUCGUAAAGAACCUGUCUACAUCCCAAGAGAGGAAGUCAGGAAGAAAAAAGCUGUGAUAAAGAAGACUGAGCUUACCAAGAAAAUAGAGACUCAGACUCAAUCCCCAUCCAAGAGGAGUGCGAUGAAACCAUCCGUCCGCCAUACCCGACCCACCCAGCACCACUCCUGCCCUAGACGGAGAACCACAGAGGUGCUACCAGACAGUCGCCAGCCCCUUAGUGUUGCCAGGCAGUCUCGCGAAAGAGCAUCGGACGGUGGAUCAUGGAGCCCUGACAAGAGAUCUUCUCUAACGCGGCAUGCUUCCAUUCUGAGUCGUCGUGGUUACCAUGAACAUGAGGAGAGUUCAACCUCCAUCACAAGUUCUGGUUCAACAGCACCUCGAAGACCAACAUCGUUUCGUGCAGAGAUGAGGGCAGAGCACAGGACAGGACGAGCCGCUAGUAUGACAGAAUCAGUGCGAUCCCGUUCCGCUCGCAGUGGCCACUCCACCCCCCGCACCCCUGGCUCGGCAGCCAUCACCCCGGGAACCCCUCCCAGCUACUCAUCAUCCUCAAGGACUCCUGGAACCCCUCGCUCCCUCAGCUUGAUGUCCCAAGAGAGAAAGGUGGCCGUGGUCCGCACGCCACCCAAGUCGCCUGCAACAACGCCCAAGCAGCUUCGAAUUAUCAACCAGCCGCUGCCUGACUUUAAGAACAUCAAGUCAAAGAUCGGCUCCACAGAGAAUAUCAAGUACCAGCCUAAAGGAGGACAGGUGCAGAUUCAGAACAAGAAGAUUGACUUGAGCCAUGUGACCUCCAAGUGUGGCUCUCUGGACAACAUCAAUCAUCGGCCAGGGGGCGGUAACGUUCGUAUCGAGAGUGUGAAGCUGGACUUUAAAGACAAAGCCCAAGCCAAGGUGGGUUCCCUGGAUAAUGCUCAUCACAUGCCUGCUGGAGGCCGUGUCAUGAUCGAGAGCCACAGGUUGUUGUUUCGUGACCACGCCAAGGCACGAGUGGACCACGGUGCCGACGUCAGUCAGUCCCCCGGUAGGUCCGGCUCCAUGUCGCCCCAGCGCCACAGAGAUAGCCAUCUAUCAUCCUCCGGCAGUCUCAACAUGAUGGAUUCACUGCAGCUAGCAACCCUGGCCGAGGAUGUCUCCGCUGCUCUGGCCAAGCAGGGUUUGUGAACACUGGAUCUCUGGAUUCUAGUCUGCAUCGUGGACCUCCUCACCCUGAUCCAUUUGAACUCUCCUGAACCACUCCUGCCACCCUGAGGCCAUCCUCAGCUAAACCACAGCCUCUAAACACUCUCACUACAAGUUUCAUCAUUUUUAGUAGAGACUGAAAUUAGGAGCUACUGUACUUUGGUCCUCUUCAUUUCCUAUUUUAAAUCCAAAUAUGUGCUUUUACUGAUUUGUUCCGUUGGCCUCUCUCUUUAUGAAUUAUGUUGCAUAGAACAGUUCAGUCUGACCACUGGUCCCAGAUAACUUGUUACAUACAAAGUGGGAUCAGGCAUUGGCUUGACUGGUCCUGGAUCAGUAUUUAGAAGACGCUACAGCCUUUUUUUUCUUCUACUUUUAACAAGGAGUAAUGCGACCAGCACACCAUGCAGCACGUAUUGUUCCUGCUCAGUGCAUGGACGCCAAACCCCCUAAUGAACCAAGCAUCCUUACUGCAAGUCAUUCUUAUCACCCAAUAUUUAAUAUAUUUAACUAAUAUAUAUAGAAAUAUAUAUAUAUAGAAAUAUGUACAAAAAAUACAAGUACUUUGCCAUCUACAUGUCCUGAAACAUUUUAAAAGGAAGUGACAAUAUGGCUAUCAAAUAAACUUGUAAAAUUGCAUUACUGCAAGACCUAGGUAAUGUUAUAACAAGCAUGUAUUGAUUCUAAUCUUAAAAGAGGCUAUUUUGUAACCUAAGAAAGGAUUUUAGUAAGUUAUUUCCUCAACCAUUGGUUUAAGAUACAAAAAAAAAAGUUCAUGUUUUGUAGUUAUUAGUUGUUUACAGUGUUAUGCUUGGUGACAAUGUCAGACAGCUGAAUUGGUGUUGCUAAGGAAUGUAUCUCAGUCCUGUUGAAGAUUAUCAUACACUUGUACCCGGUCAGUAGUUCAAAAUAGACGCAAAGUUAAAACCAAGAGAUCAUUCCACACACCUCUGUCUAAUAAGGAAACAAAAAGUAUCUUGUCUUUACAGCUACAGAUGUUCAGCUCACAUGAACAGUGCGGUGGACACUCCUCUGAAAACACAGGCCGACGUUGCACUCAUCAGGACUGUCUGGUGUCUGGACUGAGGAAGACUCUGCAACACGGGACCUGAGAUUUAGCAGAAGACAAAAACUACUCUGAAAUCUGUUUGUGUGUGCGCGUUUGAUGCAGAUCCAAUGCCGUUUUAUGACGUAUGCUUCCGUACCUGGAUGUUUUGUUGCAAUGUGUGGGAGAAGAAAGUGGAGAAAAAAAAAAUAUUUUGAAAACUCAUCAUAAAGACAUUCAUGAAGAAAAACAAAAAUGGCCGAGGGAACUCGGAUCCUGUUUCAUCUCUUAGGAUAAAAAAAAGUGUUUGGGUGAUCUAGUUACUUUUUCAGACAUCAUUUGUGGUAUAUCCUGCCUAAUUAAUGCCCUCACCUGAGAUUGUUUGCUUCUGUGUUUUUCUGCAUACCCCAUCUCCGUGUGCCCCCUUCCUGCCUCCUGCUCUACCCUUCAGCAACUGUAAAUGUAUUUAAAAGGUCAAGUAGAUGUAAGCAGUUUUUCUCUUGUUGAUAUGACAACAGUUACAAUAAGUAAUGACAAUAAAAAGGACAAAGAGUGA